GGCUGAGGGAGGGAUUAUGUCAGCGUUUACCUCAAUGAACUACAGCACAGUGAAGUUGCUCGAUUUUAUAUUAUAUAUUUAUGACAAACUUUUAUAUUGAGUAUUUUUGUCAAUUAUAAUCCCGACUGAACAAGGAAUUGCCCGAUCCUGCUCUUGGAAAGAUCAUUUUAGCCUCUUUACGAGCGUCAACCAACAAGGAAAUCGUUUUAUGCUAACGUUAUGUAGCGGCUAGUCUCAUUUCUUCAUCUUUUUUUUUUUGCUCAUCUUAACCAAACUUUCUUGAAGUUGCAGGUAUGACUGAAUACAAGCUCGUGGUGGUGGGUGCAGGAGGUGUUGGGAAAAGUGCCCUGACCAUACAACUUAUCCAGAAUCACUUUGUGGAUGAGUAUGAUCCAACCAUCGAGGACUCGUAUAGAAAGCAGGUGGUGAUUGAUGGAGAGACGUGCCUGCUGGACAUUCUGGACACUGCAGGUCAGGAGGAGUACAGUGCUAUGAGGGACCAGUACAUGAGAACAGGGGAGGGCUUCCUCUGUGUGUUUGCCAUCAACAACACAAAGUCAUUUGAGGAUGUUCACCUAUACAGAGAGCAGAUCAACAGAGUGAAAGACAGCGACAGUGUGCCCAUGGUGCUGGUAGGCAACAAGAGUGACCUGAACUCCCGCACAGUAGAGACCAAACAGGCCCAGGAGCUCGCCCGGAGCUACGGCGUCCCAUUUGUGGAGACCUCUGCCAAAACCAGACAGGGUGUUGAGGAAGCUUUCUAUUCACUUGUGCGUGAGAUAAGAAAAUACAAAGAAACCAACCGCAGCAGCAAGAAGAGCAAGAAGAACAGCCAAAGACGUUGCAUAAUCCUAUAGCACCGCACACAGAUCACAAACCUGUUUUAUGCCGGAAACACUGCACCUACUUUUACUACCAAUUUUGCACAUUUAAUUUCAGCUCUGGAGCAGACAUAGCUGACCAAAUCCACUUUAGAUAUUGUUUUCUUUUUGAAAGUGCCCGUUGACUGGAUAUACUGUAUUUAACAGUUAAUUUUACCAUGUUGUAGCCAUGCCAUACACGUUGGCCUUUCUAGAGAUGUUAAAAUCUUUAUAAAACUGAGAAGAUUAAAUGCAUUUUUGACUACAGUUAGCCCCCCCUUCCUGAAAAUUGUGUACUAGAUUUGUGCUUUAAUUUUUUAUUUUGUUUACAUUAAUUUUCACCAGAUGUAAGAUUUUCAUCAGAAAAUAAGGGACAUAGAGUCAAUGUAGCCAUAAUUUGUUCUUAAAAGUACAUUUGCUUUUGUUCUGAGUCUAUUUUCCCCUGGCCAAGUAUUAAGAUUUUUUUUUUCAGAAUAGUUUAUUUUUAUUACUGUAAAUGUACACUUUUGUAGCCCACAGAUCAACAAAGCGCUAGUGUCUUUGAACUGUAAACUUGCUCAGUGAAAUGCUUUUGAUGCACAUGUACCAUGUUCACUUGGUGUUUACAUUCUUUGAUAAAUAAAAGGAUUUUUG